UAUUUCAAAUAAAUUUUACACAAUAGAUAUCUUUGAAAUUUAGUUUAUUGUGCAAUUCCAUGUUCACUUAAAUUUUUAUAAGACAUUAGAAAAUGAUUGCAUUGAAAUAACUGUGUGACAUAUUUUUAUUAUACUGUGUGACAAUGUAUAGUUAAAUAAUUUACAGAUACAAUGUGAUUACUAUAAUAGAUAUAUGAUGAUGAUCUAUACAGAUUUAUAUGAUUUCUUUAAUAUAAAAUACAGAAAAAUGGAAGAAAAAGCACAAGACAAUACUUCGCAUACCUCACAUGAAAUGAUAACGACUCAUGAAACUGACGAUGGAUCAAUACAUUCUACAGAACUUACAAUGCACAACUUAGAUUUAGAAUGUGGCAAGUCAAAUGUAACUAAUUUAACGCCUCCAAAAGAUGAUGAUAAACUUGAAAUGUGUAAUAGCACAAGGUCACCAGCUCCUCUUAUCAUAUUUAGUAGACCGACAUCUAUUAUUAUGCAGCACCCGGAAGCAAUAACAUUGCAUUCAAACUUACAAUCUCUGAAAUCAUUAGUGACUUCUCAACCACAAUCAUUAUUUCUCCAAGCUCUCUCAAAAUUAAACGAGAGUUCUUUAAGUAUAGCUAUUAACAACAAUUUGCUCUUUAAAAACUCUGAUGAUGUAACUAAUAAGUUGCCGGAGCCGUCAACCCCUGAUUCCCUCACUAACGCUCCUCCAUCAUAUUCAUUUGUCUUACGUCAAAUAUCACGACGCAGACCACGUUUAAUGGGUACUUUCAUACCUUCCCCAUCAUUUGUUCAACAUACGCCACCUCCAAAUUACGCUGCAGCAUUCGACAUUUACGUGGACACCCCUAUUCAGCCGCCAACAAGCAGGGUGUAUAAUUUUGGCUUCACACCAAUUCCCGUCAUGUGCCCAGAAUGUGGUUACACAGGAAUGACCACCGUUACUUGUAAAAUCACACUGUGUACGCAUUUAUGUGCCUUCCUACUAUGUAUAUUUUUAUGUUGGGUUUGUGUACCCUUACCUUAUGUCCUAAGGUCUUGUAAGGAUGUAUAUCAUUACUGCAGAAAUUGUCGUAGUUUUUUAGGUCUGUACCGUCCUGCUCAUCCAGAAAAUGCAUAUUCAUGAAGUACUUGUUUUUAUGUUUAUAUAUUAUAAUAAAGUUGUA